CUUCCUUUUGAUACAUCCUCCCAUGACUUGUUCAUCAAACACAUUUUCGUAUUUUCUACAGAAGUUAAACUAUGUAAAGAAACUGGAAAAAAAUGCUGACUGUGGGAUUAAUUUUACUUCUAUGUGCAGUUCAUCUUGCAAAAACACAAACAGAUUUUCAUUCAAAUAAGAGUCUGGUUUUUGUUAAAGAAGGAGAAAAUGUGAAUAUUACUUGCAUUUACCGAAGUGAAAUGGCAAUGCACUUGUCAUGGUAUAAACAUAAACUUGGCCAAAAGCCUAACCUCAUCUCCAAUUUCUACAAAUAUGACAAAAAGGCCACAUUCCAUCAUGAAUUCAAGAAUGAUACUCGUUUUAGCAUGUUAAAUGAGAAAGGUGUGACUCAUCUGGAAAUAAAAAAAUUACAGCUAUCGGACUCGGCCACGUAUUACUGUGGAAGCGCUCAUUCCAACAUUAUGGAGUUUGGUGAAGGAACUGAGCUGAUAGUAAAAGCUUCACAGCUGCAUAGUAUUUCUGUGCUCCAGUAUCCUAUACGAGAACCGGCUCACACCGGAGCCUCUGUAACUCUGAAUUGUACCGUCAUCACUGAUCGCUGUCCAGGAGACCACAGCGUGUACUGGUUCAGAUAUAACUCUGGAGAAUCUCAACCAGGAACCAUUUACACUCACGGAGACAGGAAUGACUUGUGUAGGACAAACCCUAAAACUGGAUCUCGUCCACAGACCUGUGUUUACAGUCUUCCCAAGAUGAACCUCAGUCUCUCUGAUGCUGGAACUUAUUACUGUGCUGUAGCUGUGUGUGGACAGAUACUGAUUGGAAAUGGAACUAAGCUGGAUAUGACCAGUACAGGUCUUGGUUGCUCUGAAGAAAUCCACGCCUUGGUGAUUUUUUCUAUUAUAAGAACUUUUGUUCUUUUGUGCUGUGUUAUUGCAAUAAUAAUAUAUUGCAGAUUAAUCACUUAGUGGGAAAAUGUUAAAAAAAAACUUACAGCACUAAAUUAGUUUAUAAAAAUAUGUUUACUAGAAUCAAGAAAACUGAUCAGAAUAAAAAGAUUUCUAUUACUAUUUGUUCAGCAUUGUGAAUUUAGUAGCAAGUCAUGAUGUCACAUGUGGGUGAUCUGUGUGUUAUGACCCCUGUGUCUUUUGACCCUUUUAUUGCAUCAGUAUCACAAAUCUAUCCAUGUACCUAAUAAAAUAUUUUUCCUUUUUUUUUUUAUGCGUUUCAAUUGGUUGUCCAAGUGUUUGUAAAUGUCGUUGCAUCUGGGAAUUUGAAAUAAA